GUAGUGUGCAUUUUACAAUGUAUGAUUCUCGAGGCCCAUAAUAAAUCUAGCUCGAAUUUAGACUGUGUAGGCCGGUGAUGUUCGUGAGGACAUCUCCCGUACAUUUUGCAGUGCUAGCUCGGCCAAUGGCUAGUUUGGUUUGUCAAUUAUCAUAGUUGUGCUUAGUUCACUAAGAUCCUUGUUUGAGGCACAUUUAAUACUAUUAUGUAUACAAAGGUGUACAGAAUGUUGACAGUGUAAACAUGAAAGCCACAUCAGUGGCGAGUGGCAGUACAAAGAACACAUACUGUCAUGGGUUAAAUGUACACAUUAUCUGCUGAAUGGUGUAAUAAUGCAUUCCUUGUUUCUAGUUUGAUGACUUAAGCAAUUUGGGCAGCUUGCUUUUUGGGUCCUUGAAGGUGCAGUUUUCUAACAGGCCACCAGCCUAUUAGCCUAUUGUCACUUGGCAAAAAAUAUGCCUGAAAAAUACGCCAUGGAUGGCAUCAUGUAUGGAACAGGCACAUCAACAAUGAGUAGGACAAGCACAAUGACAUCCGUAUCAUCCAGAAUAUAUCACCAGGCAGUAAGCCCCCUAGAGGUCUGGAUCCAGGGCCAGUGGCGCCGGGCCUCGGCCGCGCUGGACGGCGACUGCCUCGCCGUGACCCUGCACGACCCGGAGGAGGCGGACGAGGCGUCCGCGGCCGCCGACGACGACGCCGUCCGCACGGUGACGGUGACCAAGCGGCCCGACCAGGGCCUUGGCGUCUCGGUCAAGGGCGGCGCCGAGAACGCCAUGCCGGUCAUCAUCUCCAGGAUCUUCCAGGGGAUGGCGGCGGACCGGUGCGGCGCGCUGCGCGUGGGCGACGCCAUCCUGACGGUCAACGGCGAGGACGUGCGGGGCGCCACGCACGCCGCCGCCGUCCAGCUGCUCAAGGCGCCCUGCGCCGAGCUGGUGCUCGAAGUCCAGUACCUGGCAGAAGUGACCCAGCACCUGCGCAGGGCGGCGCUGCUCACUGACGCCGCUGACGCUGAGACGCGACUGAUCCCGCUCCAGCUCUGUCGGCUCACGCGCUUCUACAGGUGCCAAGAGCCGCUGAGUCUGGAGCUGUACUCACCGGACCUGCGCCGCUGCUGCCGGCUGCGCUGCCGCGACGCCGGGCAGGCCGCCGGCUGGUUCUCCACGCUGGGCUCCACGCUGAGCGCGCUCACGCAGCAGGCGGUGGAGGCGACGAACGAGAGGGCCCGCGACGUCCUGGACGACAGCCCAGUCCUCCAGAUGGGCUGGGUCAGCGUCAGGCAGGCCGAACAGGACCAGUGCGUGGACAGCCGGCCCUGGGAGCCGCGCUUCGCCGCCAUCACCGAGCGCGAGCUGCUGCUGUUCGCCAGGGCGCCGUGGACGCGCGACGACUGGGCCCGGCCGCGCACCGCCCUGCCCAUCGCUAUGACCAGGCUGGUGAGGUACCGGCUAUCGCCGCCGGAGGCGCCACCGUCGGCGCCGAUCACCUUCACCACGCGCACGGGCACGCAGCGCGGCGUGGCGUCGGUGCAGUGGCGCGUGGGGACGCCGCGCGAGCUGGCCAGCUGGAGCCGCACCGUGGUGCUGGCAGCGCAGGCUGCCGUCGCCCAGGUGGACGAGAUCGUGUUCGAGUGCCGCUGGCGGAACUGUCCGGUGCUUCUGUCGAUGCAGCACGAGAACGGCCUGACUCUGCGCUCGGCGCCCGGCCUCGCGCGGGGCAAGGUGCUCUGGCACUACAGCUUCGACAAGCUGACCGACACGUGGGACGACGACCGCGCCACCGUCCGGCUCACAUUCGGCGACCGUGAGAUCAUGGAGCUGGACAUGGGUGCGUCGCCGAAGCCGUUCGUGUUCGCGCUGCACACCUGCCUGUCUUCGAAGGUGGAGCGGCUGGCGACCUCCUGA